UCUCCCUCUCCCCAACUCCCUCUCCAACUCUCUCUCUCUCUCUAGCUCUCUCUCUCUCUCUCUCUCUCUCUCUCUCUCUCUGAACGAUGCCCCAGGUGGAUCUCGAAACCCUCGCCUGCGGCGGCAGCGACCGGAAGGUCGCCUGCGAGACUCUCAUUGACGCCGCCGCCGCCGACGACGACGACGACGGCGACGAGGAUCGGCCGGAUCCACCGCCACCGCUAACGGCGGCGGAGGCGGAGGCCGAGGACCCCGACCUCCCCCCGGAGUCGAUCGAGGUCCCGAUCGGCGGGGAGGGGAUCGACUGGGCGAGCCUAAACGCGGUAUACGAGCGGGACGACUCCACCAAGGGGAACACCAACCCCAAGUCCAACCACUCGAACCCUAAUCCUAACUCUAACCCUAACCCUAACCCUAACCCUAGAGCACGCACGAAUGCCAGCAACGCGAAGAAGACCCCCAUCAUCGCCUUACCUGGAAGGUUCGUCCCGCGGCGGCGGAGGCCGACCCCCCCGCAGCCCCCGCAGCCCCCGCAGCCGCAGCAGCAGCCGCAGCCGCAGCCGAGGCCGCAGGGGCGGAUCAUCCCCAGGGCGGCGGAGGCGGGGGCGGGGGCCGAUCCGGGGUCGCCGGAGGUCUCGUGCUUCGGGAAGGUGCUGUCCGACCGCGAGCGGCGGCCGCGGCGACCGGCGGCGCGAGGCGGCGGGUGCUGGGCGGCGCUUGCGGCGGCGCUCGGUUGCGGAGAUACGAAGAUGGCGGAGGUUGAGGAGGAGGAGGAGGAGGAGGUGGUGGUGGUGGUCGGAGGAUGCUCCGCGCGUUCGCACGCGAGGGAUUAUGCGGGCGAUCGGGGGUUGAAGAGAUUCGCAUCGGGGCGGAGGGAACGGGAAGGGGAAUGGGGACACGUGGCGGAGGGAGGCGAGGGGAGGUGGGGGCGGGGGUCGGUGGGUUUGGUUGUGAUGGAGGACGCGGGAACAGGUACGGGUACAGCAGGAACAGAGCGUAAACGGGAAUAAACGCCGGGGAGACGCUCUGUCACUGUUUUAGUGGGGCCCAGUGUUUUUGUGCUGAGUACGUACGUUCGUUCUUUGGCGGAUUUUGGUCGCGUUAUUUCGUGGACCGCGUCUAGCACGUCAUCUGUAGACCGGACCAAUUAAAUACUUCCAUACUUGAAUUGCUGGGUAAGAGGUGUUUCAUGUCUGCAGCAGCUAAAUUGUAUGGUCUAUAUCACGAACUAAUUAAAUCUCUUCUUUGGAGAAAAAAAAAAAAAAAAGAAGAGUAUAAUUAUAAUAUUUUUUUAAACAACUAGGGUGGAAUAAAAAAUUUAAAAAAAUAGAUGAUAUGCUGUGAUGGAUAGGACCUCAACAGGCUUUUUUAUGUAUGAGUUGUUAAUUUUCUUCUUUUGUUACCUUACGAAAUUUAUAUUUUUUGUAUUUUUGGUGUUCGAAGAUUUGCACAUGCGUUGUGUAAUGUUUGCCCCUUUCAAUUUAUUCUAUCUACUGCUGUAUAAAUUUAUUUAUUA